GAAACUAAAAAUUUAUCUAUCUUGAUGAUAGAAUUGUUUUAAAGGGAAAGAAUUCUAUUUUUUAAAGAUAUUUUUGAAGAAGAUUGAAGAUAUCUAAAUUUUAGAAAAAAUGAGUUUUAUUUUGACUUUCAAAUAUCUUAAAUAAAUUUUGAUUAAAAAAAAACUGUUUACGUAGAAUUAAAAUUCGUAAUAAAAUCUUUGAAACCCCCCUUCGCUUUUUAUAAUCGGAGUAGUUUAUUGUAAUUUACCGCAAUUUGAAGUUAGACGCGACGCAUCGCGACGGCUAAAAUGAUAAACAUUCAAGCCCCUGUAAGUAGACAAUGUUGGUCGUGGGUUAAAACAUUUGGGCAACGAUUUUAGUUUUGAUAGAAUUACAAUUGAUUAUUCUUCUAUAAGUUGAUAGUCAAUUUCUUACGGCUUAAAGUUUACUGCAUCUAUUGUAGAUCGGGACUAAGGAUCUUCACAUACACACGAAAGAGAUGUAAAUCCGACCGAGGAAUCUUCGCGUGGUACACCUUGGGUAAUGCUAAUGCUAACGAUGUCUAUACUAGUACUAGAUCGCUAACUUCGUCAAAAGAGGUGUGACCAGCAGGAUUUCCGGUUUUAACCAUGACACCCUGCAACAAAAUGGCGGCGGUGCGCGUGUGAUGUGUAUGUCUGUCAUGUGCAUGCACAUGUGAUACCCGACGUGGCGAUACAAAAAAAAUUCUUGAAAGAUGUCUAGCUGUUGUUGCAUUCCAAAAUGCAAAAAUACCACAAAAGAUGGUUUUCAUUUAUUUAGGUUUCCGUUAAAUCGUCCGGAUAUUUUAAAAAUGUGGAUUGAUGCCAUUGGAAGAGUCGGUUUUGAACCCACAAAAUAUCAUUUAAUCUGUAGUGCCCACUUUAUAGAUACAGAUUUUAUGGAAAGACCUAAUGCAAGUGGCGUACGUUUAAAAAAUCUUGCUGUACCUUCGAUAUUUUGUGAAACUUCUGUUCCUACCGUUAAUUCUAUUUCUGCGGAUAUUACUACGAUUGAGAUUUCUUCAAUUGAGUUUGAUACUACUCCUGUUUCUGCAUCUGCUGUAAUGCCAGCAAUUGCAUGGAAAAGUAUAUUGAAACCAAGAGAAGAUAAUUCAACAUUUUCAAUUCCAUCGCCGAGUACAAGUACUACUGAUAUCAUGAAAAUGAGCAUGCGAAAACCGAGAAAAAUCAUGUACAAUUCACUUUUAAAAUUGAAAAAGCAGGAAAUAAGUCCACGGAAAAAGCUAAUGUGGAGAACAAUAAAAUCAUUAAAGCAAAAGCUAAAAAGAAAAGAAGAAAAAAUUCAUUAUUUGGAGAACUUAUUAAAAAUUCUAAGAACAAAGAAUCUUCUUGAGAGAGAUCCAAGUGAGAUUAUAGCUAACAAUUUUGAUGCAAGCAUUAGCAAACUAUUCCAAAAUGAAUGGAUCAAUAAAAAUAGAAAUAAGAAAGGUUGUUGAUAUAGCAAUGAAAUAAAAAAAUUUGCUGUAACUUUACAUUUUUAUUCGCCGAAGGCCUAUAAUUAUUGCAGAUCAAUUUUACAUUUACCGCAUAUAAGCAGUAUCAGAAAUUGGAUUUCGUCGAUUAAUGCGGAAUCUGGUUUUAUGACAAAUGUUUUUGAAGAAAUAUCGAAAUUUCCAGAAGGUUUGCGCCAUUGCAAUUUAGUAUUUGAUUCGAUGGCGAUUCGGAAGCAAGUGCUGUGGGAUGCAACAUCUGAAAAAUUUGUCGGAUUAUGCGAAUAUGGUAAUGGAUUAUCUAUCGAAGCUGCGGAAACUGAAGCCACUGAAGUUCUCGUUUUCAUGUUGGUUUCUCUUAGAGGAACAUGGA